AUGGCUGAUGCUGAUGACGGCAUUCGCGUGUCUGCUGCUGUUGCAGACUCCGCGCACAGAAGAAGAAGAAGAACAAGGACACGGCCCGUGCAGGGCCAGGAGACGGAGGAAGAGGGAGCAGAGCCGGUGAUUGUCCUUGAUGAGGACGACGACGAUGACGAUGAUGACGAUGAUGCUGGCGACGCUGCCGAUGGAAACGAAGGGGAUGCAGGGGAUGACAACCAGACGGCAACUGACAGCGAGUUCUCGUGCAACAUCUGCCUCGAUGCAGUCUCGGACCCUGUCGUCACACGCUGCGGCCACCUCUUCUGUUGGCCGUGCCUUCACGAGUGGUUAAGGCGCAAGCCAGACUGCCCCGUCUGCAAGGCAGGCGUGACACAAGACAGCGUCAUUCCCAUCUACACCGCCAGCAACAAAACAGACCCAAGGACGAAGCAGCAUCCGCCACGACCACAAGCAGAGCGCGCCCCUCCAGUACAGAACACGAACCCAUUCGGCAACUUCAUGAACGGCAUGUUUGGGCCCGGCCAAGCCAACGCGAACUUCAAUGCGCAGUUCUUUGUUGGCGUCCCGCCCUUUGGAGGCUUUCAUAUGAACGUUGGCGGUGCGGACCUGACGCCCGAGCAGCGACGACAGCAGCAGGCCGCGCUCCAGUGGUUUCUGCUCGGACUCUUCAUCCUCUUCCUCGUCCUCUGGUUGUAA